AUUUUGAGGGCCCACUCAGGGUAUCCAGAAAGCGCUGUUUCGGCUGAUCUCCCUGUGGAUAAUAAACACACAGUUGACAGGUCGAUGGGCUUGCGGCAUUUUUCCACUAAAGUAUGCGAAAAAGUCAAGGAAAAAGGUCGGACGAAUUAUAACCAGGUUGCUGAUGAGCUCGUGGCAGAAUAUUUCGCUGCAAACAACAUGAAUUCAGAAGAGCAAAAAUUUGACCAGAAGAACAUUCGACGUCGAGUCUAUGAUGCCCUCAAUGUUUUGCUUGCUAUGAAUAUUAUCUGCAAGAGAAAGAAGGAUAUCGAUUGGGUUGGUCUACCAGCUACCAAAGCGGGAGAAAUCAAGCGUUUAGAAGAAGAAAAGCUCACUGAAAGGAUCCGUCGAAAGAAGGAAACUAUUCAAGAGCUUAUAGUGCAGCUCGUUGCUUAUAAAAGCCUAGUUUGGAAAAAUCCGGCAUUUCUUUUAAUUGAGUGUAACAGUGUUUUGCAGGAUAGAUCAGAAUUCCUCUUCAACUUCGAUCAAUCGUUUGAGGUCCACGACGAUUUUGAGGCCUUGAAGCGCCUCGGAUAUUCAUACGGCCUGGAACACAAUACUUUGAACCCUGAAAUGAUGGAACACAUCGAUGAGUUUAUUCCUCCUGCUCUCCGAGGUUACAUACCUAAAAUAUUAGGAGGUAUGUUGCCCCUCACAUUAAAUGCGAAGAAGUUAGGUGCUUGA